CCAAACAUGAGCGAUCACAGCGCCCCCUGCCGCUGGGAGAAGGCUGAGCUGUCCGCGUCCAAUCCCCGGCUACAUGCGCAGUCAGCAUAGAGCAGCCAGCAGGGGGUGAUCGUACGUGUAGUCUCGGGGAAAGGGUCAGAGCCUGUUACUCUUCCGCUUCUCCCCCAACUGACAGCCCCCCUCCUCUCUGUGACAAUGGCUGCUCCCAGCCCACGGACCGAACCAUCUGUGGCUUAUCCCAUGGGGGGCACCCAGCUGCUGCUGCUGCGCUAGUGUGCGGGCUCCUCCUCGCAGUGGGAGCUGCUGCGGCCGGCGGCGGGGUGUGGCGCACGUAUGUUUCCGGGUGUCUACCCCCGGCACCGCCGUAUACUGCGCUGUACAGCGAUGUCCGUGUAGCCGGGUUUCCCCCAGCUGUCACCCGGCAGCAGUCCGGCGCUCCCUUGCUACGAGAAGUUGUAUCCGAGAGUGCGGUAUACCGGGGGUGUGAUCUGCGGGGAGACACCGAGCUCCAAGGCCGUCCCAUAGGAUGAGCUCCGGAGGGGAGCCCCAUGUCAAGUACCCCUUACAUGCCCUGGUCUGGGAGAAUGACUUCAGUGCCCUGGAGAGGGAGCUGGAAGGAAGGGACAUUGAAGAGCUGGAUCCACGGGGCAGGACCCCAUUGCAUCUUGCAGUUUCCUUAGGACAUCUAGAAUCAGCCAGAGUUCUUCUAAGGCACAAGGCAGAUGUCACAAAAGAAAAUCGGGAUGGAUGGACUGUUCUCCAUGAGGCAGUCAGCACAGGGGACCCAGAGAUGGUUCAGAUGGUUCUGCAGUAUCGAGAGUUUCACAAGACCUCUACAGCACUAGGAGGAGUACCUGAAUUGCUUAAGAAGACAUUGGAGGCAUCUGAUUUUUAUGUGGAAAUGAAGUGGGAGUUUACAAGCUGGGUUCCGUUGUUGUCAAGGGUGUGCCCCAGUGAUGUCUGUCGUAUAUGGAAAAGUGGUGCCAAGCUUCGAGUAGAUGCCACUUUGCUAGGUUUUGAGAAUAUGAGCUGGAUCCGAGGGAAACAUAGCUUUAUAUUUAAAGAAGAAGAUAACUGGGCUGAGCUGAUGGAGAUAAACCAUGAUGACCGGACGGUCACAAAGGAACGCUUUGACAUCUCCCAGGAGAUAGAGGGCAUCACUUUGGAUUCCAUGCAGCCAGCAGAACGGGAAGUCAGCAAGAGGCUCACCUCUCCUGUUAUUAACACUUCCUUGGAUACAACCUCCAUUGCUUUUGAAAGAACGAAGUCUGGGUUUUGGGGCUGGCGGACUGAUAAAGAAGAAAAUGUGAAUAAUUAUGAAGCAAAAGUUUAUUCAGCAAAUAAUGUCAAUGUUGUGACAAAGACGCGGACUGAACAUUUGACAGAAGAAGAAAAGUCUCGGUAUAAAGCGGACAGAAACUUCUUGGAGUCCUUAUUGGGGACUGUGGAGCACCAGUUUGGAGCCCAAGGGGAUCUUACCACAGAGUUUGCAACAGCCAACAAUCCUACAGCUAUCACUCCAGAUGAAUAUUUUAACCCGGAUUUUGAUCUUAAAAACAGGGAUAUUGGAAGACCCAAGGAAUUGGCCAUUAGGACUCAAAAAUUUAGAGGCACACUCUGGAUGUGUGAAGAUUUCCCUCUUUCCCUUGUGGAACAAGUUACCCCCAUCAUAGACCUAAUGGCCAGAACAAGCUCUCACUUUGCUCAUCUCCGAGACUUUAUCACGCUACAAUUUCCUCCUGGAUUUCCAGUCAAAAUAGAAAUCCCUUUAUUUCAUGUUUUGAAUGCAAGAAUUACAUUUGGGAAUGUGAACACUUGCACCAGGGCAGAGGAGGCUACUACGCCCCCCACCACUCCAAAAGGGACACCGGAUGAGGCAACAGCUGCACCAAAAUUUGAGGUGGAUCAGUCAGUGUUUGAUAUUCCACCAUCCUACCACAUCCAGGAGAAUGGGAGGAGUCUACAUAUUCGUGAUGAAGAUGAUGAAAUCAUGCAGUUUGCUAUUCAGCAAAGUCUUCUAGAAUGCAGUGGAAGCCAGCCUAUUUCGCAAAGCCAUUCAAAUGGAAGUAUAUCUUCAAAUCAGGUCUAUGAUGCUCAUUAUGAAAGGGCCCUGCAGGAAAGCAUUCUUGCCAACUCUCAAAGUGCCCACUCCAGUCUUGGCAGCCACUCCCAGAGCUUUGACAAGGACUUACAAUUUGCCAUGGAACUGUCUGCCAAGGAGGUAGCAGAGCAGGAAAAGCGGCGUCUCCAGGAAGAGGCUGAGCUGGAAGAGAUCCUGAGGCUUUCAAUAAUGGAAAAAUAAGCCAUGUUGUGAAGAACCACACCUUGUUGAGGAAUGUCCUACGAUACGGGUCUAGCCUUCACUUUCCUGAUACCAGCAGUGAAACCACCAUGUGUGAGGGCCAGAGAUCACUCCACAGACUCUGUAUCUACCAAAGAACUGUAAACUUUUGAUACUUUUUAAUUUUGUAUUUUUUCUCCUUUGCUCUACAGAAGACUUGCAAGCCAGGAACUCUGCCUUGGUCUCUCACUUUUAGCAGUGUAAAUGUCAGCGAGUUUGUAAUGAACAACUAUUUGAUUCAAGAUGUAUAUGGCUUAGAUUUUUGUUAUAUAGACUUUAUCUUUUUUUCCUUUGUAGCACCCAGCAAAGCUGAAGUGUGUUUUUUGACCUUCUAAAUACAGAUGUAGCAGAUUUCUGUGCACCAACACUCCGUGCAGCGCAUGCCAGGGUAGAGAUGCCUAUUGUAUUGUGGCACUGGCAGAUACAUGCUAUGUGCACUGAAUGAUGGUAUUUAUUGAGGUGGAGCUUGCUGAAAUUACCACCAAUAGAUGAAACAUGGUGAAUAGUGAAUGCACAACCUCUAACCCCCUGGGGUUUGUGCACACAUUUCCAGACCGUUCAUUUGAGUCAUAAACCUUUCAGUCUGUGUGAGCACACAACAUACCAUAAAUAAUAUUUUUCUUUUGAAUAUUGAGUUCCAUUUCUUAAAAUUGCUAAUUUAAUUUUAGGUUGCAUAACCUAAAUGAACCUUGGUACCCAUUUGGGCUCUUUACUGGGUGCCUUGACAUACUGUGCCGCAUCUGCUUCCCUCGGAGGAAAAGUCCUAUCUGCGGACUUUUCCUCCUGCAUGUCUGAAUAAAACUAAGGGGUCUAAUUAUGAAGAUGUGAAAAGUGUGGAGAAGUGAGCCAGUGGAGAAGUUGCUCAUGGCAACCAAUCAGUGUUAAGGUAACAUUUAUAAAAUGCAUUCUAUAAAAUUAUACGUAGCAGCUGAUUGGUUGCCAUAGGCAACUUCUCCACACUUUUCACUGCUUCAUGAAUAGACCAUUAGUCGGCUGGAGGGAGGUGAGCCCAGAGAGGUUUGCCACAUCCUCCUCUCUGACUUCAGGGUCUCACUAGGCAUAUUCAUUGGAUUUUCAGUGAUGGGUGGAGUUAUCCUUUAAGUCUCGUAGAUAUUUUGAUGUAUACGGAUAUAAAAGAAGCCGCCUUGAAAACCUCAGGUACAGUAGUAGUAGUAGAAUGUGGUUUCACCUAUGUAGAUUCACAAAAGGACUUCAUCUUUUUAUAUUUGAGUGGAACUACUUACUGGUCCAGUUAUAGUUAUAUUUAGGACCACAGUGGCUUUAUUUUGUAGAUAUAUUGUAAUAGAUUUUCAUCUAGUUUGUAAUCCUUUAUCUGAAACACCAGAUAAAAUUGUGAUUAUUGGAUUAUUUUGCCAUAUACCAUUUGUUUUUCCUUUAUAGAAUUACAUAUUCCAGCUUCACCAACCUGUGGCUCUUCAGCUGCUCCACUAACCGAUCACUGGGAUAUGUAGGAGUAGGGGGGGUAGAUUAGUGGCUUCCCCCUUGCUGACUUGUGGUGCUACAGAAUAGAUGUUCUCAUCACAUUGAUUUCAUUCUUCAACAGAUUUUACAAUUUCCUUGAAGGGUUUUUUUUCUUCCAUUUGUUAAGUCUUGGUGGAUUACACCUUUUUAAGUAGGGAAAAAGAGAAGCUUAUUAUAUAUUUGCAAGACUCAAUGCAUAUUAACCCAUUAAAUGUCAGACUCUGUCACUCAGCGGGUUGAAAAUAAACAAAUAACAUUUUAAAUCUACAAA